GCGCCCUCCUUAGUUUCAAAACAAUCCACGUGCUUUGUAGUUCACCGUGGUAAAGUAUCGCGCUCCUUUAUAUCUAUGAUCGUUCGCUCACUACUCAGGACUGUUACAUUAAUUGCAAGAAGAGAUCGUCAAAUGUCUCAAAGCGCCCAUACAAAUGGCAGUGCGUCUGAGGGAUCAACCUCCUCGGUGCCGAGCAUGGAGCCGAGUAACUUUCAGUUCAGCAGUAAUUUGAGUCUAGAGGCGAUACGCCAGAUCCAAGCCGAUUUCGCGAAGGAGAGAAAUUGGGACCAGUACCACUCACCAAGGAAUAUCCUUCUUGCGAUGGUCGCUGAAGUCGGAGAAGUCUCCGAAUGCUUCCAGUGGAAAGGUGAAGUCAAAGAAGGUCUACCAGACUGGACACCGGAGGAGAAGACGCACCUGGGUGAGGAACUGAGUGAUGUCUUGGUUUACCUUGUUCGUCUCGCCGAUCGCUGUCAGGUGGACCUGCCAACCGCGGUGCUUCGCAAAGUGGAGCUCAACCGACAGAAGUACCCCGCGUCAAAGGUGUACGGCAAGAGCGACAAGUACACUGCUUACAGCAAAGGCGACAGUUAAGAUUUCAUGGAUUUUGUGUUUUCUUACUGGCUUAUGUCCUUAUUUAUAGCUGCUACUGAAAUAAAUUUAUUCGUGCAUAACAAGUUGUGGGUUA